AUGGAUAAACAAUCUAAAGCAGCCCCCUCAGCCGCAACAGGUUCCCAACAACCAACUAGAACCAUCGCAAACAUCGGCACAGUCAGCGAGAGCUACAAAACUACCAUUGUUGGUUCUUACAACUACCCGAUGCAGGGACCAGGAGUGCCUGCACCCGGACCUCAACAGACACCAGGCCAAGAACCAAAAGGUGAGGAUCCCUACCAAGAAGCUGGAGCACGUUUAGAUAACAAAACUCUGUACGAGGUCGCUGAGAGGCUUUCUGCAAAAUGGACUACACUGGCAGUUAAGGAGCUGGGCUUUUCCACGGUACAGGUUGAGACCAUCGAGAACAAAUUUCAAAAUAAUUACGUAAGGCAAGGUCUCGAUAUGCUUGUAUCAUGGAAACAGCGCCAGUCCUCCAGUGAUGAACAAAAGAUGACCACGUUGUGCACAGCAUUGAAGAAGAUCGGAAGAGAAGAUAUUGCUAAAUUUCUGCCCGAAGUGCCUGCUCCCAGACCACAGCAUAGUCAGAGACCAGACCAAGAACCAAGGCUGGAGGCUCCUAGCUACCAAGAAGCUGGUAACAAGACUGGGGACAGUUUGAAGCAUGAGACCAGCCAGGACACAGAGGUGCCAAGGUCACCAGAGCCCAGCCAUCUUCAAAAGGUGUUAGAUGAAGUCAACAAGCUGAAGAAGAAUCUUUCUCCAAGGGAGCAGUUGGAUAGCAGAGUACAGUUACCCUACAUCGCCAUUGGGUACUUCAACGAGAAGGGCGGAAGCUUGUCCCUGGAUGAGUAUGGCGUGCACCUCACCAUCCCGCGCGGUGCAAUAGCUUUAGGCCCUCCACAGCAAGUCUACAUCUAUGUUGACCCUACGGCACCACAGAAGGGUGCAGUUGAGUCGACAGUGGUCUCGCUUUCACCAACUGUCAAGUGCGGCCCCGAAGGGUUGAGAUUUAAAGAGAGUGUUGUGCUGUCCUUUCCUCACCACGCUGUUUUGGUAGGUCAAACAUAUGACAACCUAGGUGUAAGAAUGCGUCAUGAUGACUUGCAGGAUAGGCAGCGGGAGGAUGGCAAUCCUGCUUUAGUCACGGAGAAAGAGGUGUUUGUCCUGGCCGAUCAUUUCACCAAUUUUGAUCUGGUUGGAACACCUACUCAUGGGAGCAGUAUAAGGAUGAAGGUCGCUGCCUUUGGAGGCGUCCUUGGCGUGCGAUGUCGUCAGUAUGCAUUUCGGGUCCAUGUUUGGAACGACGAUACAAAUGUUGAACAGUAUGUCAUCCGAGAAGAAGAGCAGCGCAUGAACUCAAAGAUGUUGGACGUUUCCAGGAAGAUACUGUUUGUCUGGGAUAGUGGGAACUUGGCUGUCAGAGUAUCAGAUCUUAACGGUGGUUGGACAUUUUGGGGAGCGAGGGAAGAGGUUGGCCAUCGAUAA